GAAAAGCUAUCUUUUAAACUUUAGACACUAUAUUUGUUUUUCAUCUGUGAGCGUACUGUAGUUGACGUCCGGAAGUUAAUAAUCAUACGAUAAUCUGACAGUCUUGUUUUGUAAUUUAACCUGUUUUUUGUUUUGUUUUUUUGUUUGCUUUGAAAGAGCAGUGUACGGUUAGCAAAGAGUUAGCUUGAUUUUAGACUGGCUAAAGAUCUUAGCUGAGUAAUCAAAAUACCUUUCAUCUUUAAUUCUGACCUCAUUCUGCAUUAAAAAUGAAAGUUGCAGAGGAUCAAGUUGUUGAAGAUGACUCUAGUUUCCAGGAUGAUGAGGAGUCUUUCUUCCAAGACAUUGAUCUCCUGCAGAAACACGGGAUAAACAUGGCAGACAUCAAAAAGCUGAAGUCAGUGGGCAUCUGCACUGUUAAGGGGAUCCAGAUGACUACCCGCAAAGCUCUGUGUAACAUCAAGGGCCUGUCGGAAGCAAAAGUGGAAAAAAUCAAGGAAGCUGCUGGAAAAAUGCUGAAUGUCGGUUUCCAGACGGCCUUCGAAUACAGCGCAAGGAGGAAGCAGGUGUUCCACGUCACAACUGGGAGCCAAGAGUUUGAUAAAUUGCUGGGUGGAGGUGUAGAGAGUAUGGCGAUCACAGAGGCCUUUGGAGAGUUUCGCACAGGAAAAACCCAGCUAUCUCACACGCUCUGUGUCACUGCUCAGCUGCCGGGCGAGGACGGAUACUCGGGCGGAAAAGUAAUCUUCAUUGACACGGAGAACACCUUUCGCCCGGACAGACUUAGAGACAUCGCUGACAGGUUUAACGUGGACCAUGAUGCCGUGCUGGACAACGUGCUUUACGCCCGAGCCUACACUAGUGAACACCAGAUGGAGCUGUUGGACUUUGUAGCAGCCAAAUUUCAUGAAGAAGGAGGCGUGUUCAAGCUGCUGAUUAUCGACUCCAUCAUGGCUCUGUUCAGAGUGGACUUCUCUGGCAGAGGGGAGCUCGCUGAGCGGCAGCAGAAACUGGCCCAGAUGCUUUCAAGGCUGCAGAAGAUCUCUGAAGAGUACAACGUAGCUGUGUUUAUUACCAACCAAAUGACAGCUGAUCCUGGAGCCGGAAUGACGUUUCAAGCUGAUCCCAAGAAGCCAAUUGGUGGGCACAUCCUGGCCCACGCUUCCACCACACGCAUCAGCUUGAGGAAGGGGCGUGGGGAGAUGAGAAUUGCCAAGAUAUUUGACAGUCCUGAUAUGCCUGAGAAUGAGGCUACGUUUGCCAUCUCUGCUGGAGGAGUUACUGAUGCCAAAGAUUGAAGUAUAAUUGAAGUAUAAUAAAAGGAAAAGAUGAGACUUGCAUGUUAACACUGUUCCUUGCUAACCCGUCAACUUGUUAGUUAUAUUAUUUAUUUAUUAUUAUUUAUUUAUUAAGAGUUUCAUUAACCGUAUGUAAUUUGUUAAAGAUUAAAGUGUGACAUAUACUAUUGUACUAUUUGGUGGUGGUGUUGUUUCUGUGUUUGAGAGAUUGUUAUGAAAUUAAUAAAGAAAAAAAUCCCUUU